AUGUACUUAAUAUGAUUGGUUAUAAUGUUUGUUUUUCUUUAAGUUAGUCAUGGUUUGAAUUCAAGUAACCAGGCUUCGCCAGGUGAUCGCCCAUUCCUUUGCCUCCUCCCAGCUCGAUAAACCUUUCCUGGGGACUCGUUUGAUCCCACAAUCAAAAACUCCGCAACCUUGCUCGCAAUCUAUCUCACCUCUGUCUCAAAGAAACCCCACCCUCUAUCGGCUUGAUAUCAGGUAUUGCAUCCCUUCCUAGGGUGUCGUUGCGAAAUCCCAGUUUCAGAAAUCUGAUGCCCUGCUCCCAAUCCCCUCCUCCAUCUUGCUUGCUAAAUCCUAGGUAACUGGCUUCACAAGCUCAAUUCAGUACUACCUUUGUACAUCUGGUUGGAACUCUCAGUGUGUGUGCGUUCUAUCCUUUGGUAAUGCUAUUAGGUUUUGUGUAUUGAUAUGCCUUCGGUUGAUCCUCAGAUUUGUUGUUUGAUUUGUUGACGAAAACUUCAUUAAGAUACUGUUAAUUUGAUUAUUUCCCUUGCUUUUCCACUUCUAUUUGAUCAUGGACCUUACUUCUAUUUUCUUGGUUUUCUGUUACUGUCACCUGCCCUGCAAUCGAUCCCAAGUGCUUGCAAGGAAUCAACUUUCUCACAAAUUGAAGCUACGUUUACUCUUUUACUGAGUGACCUCUUUUCAACGUUUCGCCUCCAUGUUACUAGCUUUUAAAUGUGUUUGUUCUAGUAUCAUUUCCCAGUUGGGUAAUCUCAGGGUAUUCCUAUUCAAACUGUUUAGCAUUUGCCCCGUUUUCCACCUUCCAGGCUCAUUGUUGCAAUGAGAAUCCAUUGGCCUGGACUAAGUUGUAGUGUUUUAAUUAAUUUCCCUGCUUUUGACUAGAGUGCAUUAUCUACUGCUUUGCUACAAGAUUAGAUAUUGAUUGCUUUGUUCUUUGGUGGUCUUUCUCAGUUUUGCCUUUAGCUUUGUGGGUCAGUUGGUAUGACGUUGAAUAAACAGAUUAGAAUUCUUUCUCGUAGAUAAUAAUUACCGUGGCCCUUUUAGGAUGAUGCGCCAUUAGAUCCUACAGCUGCUAUUGAGACUCUCCUUCGAGUGCCCACAGUGAUGGAGGUUCUUCAACAGAAACUUGCUUCGAUUGUUAUACUUAAACAGUCUUAAUCAAAAGCAUCUACUUCAUUAUCUUAGUUUGAAUCGUCCUAAGCAGUGUAAUUAGUUGCCGCUAUGCGUUUUUUAUUGUUUUACCAGUUUUGAUGUUCAUGCUUUCUUAUAGAAGAAGCAUUCAGUUGUAUGGGUUAUAUCUGUUUGAAUCAGGUAGUUACUUAUGACCGAGUUACGUUUAUGAGGCUUGGAAUGUAGCUGACAUGCAGUCUGAGACUAGGAUUCCUCUAAUAUAUACAUCUUUCAUUUCAUCUGAAACCCAGAAGGACGUUGCCCUGUGAGAGGAUGUGUUGAUCUCUUCUCUGAGGAGGCUCCAGCUCUACAGGUUUGGUGAACCAAUGUUUGACGGGUUCAGGGUGAGCGAGAAACAAGACUGGCAGCAGAGGGUCUCUAACUAUGAGGAACGGUUCCCCAGGUUCUAACCCUCUUAUCUCUAUCUUUAUAGUACAUGGUCUACCGUUUCAUCAUAACAUUUGAGAUUAGUUUAAUCAUCCUCCUUAAUCCUCAUGACUUUUCUACUGUCCUACAUUCGUACAUAUUUAGUUGAUGACUAUGUGCCUGAGUUCUUCCUAUUGUUUAAAGUUUUAAUCUUUUCAAAGUUCAUUAGACGUUUUGUCUUUAAGAUAUGCUAUACUUAGGCCUUGUUUGGAACCUCCUAUUCUAAACGUUGUAUUCCCCGUAUACAUGUAUCCUGCUUUUUUACUUGAUGUAAUAACAGAAUUCGUGUAUUAAAAAAUACAUGAUGUAUUCCUAAUAUUUAGAAAAUGAUGUAUAGUGAAUCUUACCUUUUUGGUGAGAUUUAGUAUCAAUAGUUCACUUAAACUAUGAUCCAUGAAUUCUGUUAUGGUUUCCAAACAAUGAAUUUCUAUAACCACACAUUCUUAGCAUACACAAUUACACAUAAUCUUUAGUAGCAUUCUCGUAAUACACUGUUUCCAGAAUCAAAGGUUCCAAAUGACUCCUUAGUUUUAGCUUCUAUUGGCUUUAUAAGUGGGUCUGUUAGUGCCAAAUAGAUCUAAGUAGAGACUUUUGACAGAGUGGUCAUCCAUAACCCACGCAGUAGGAGCUUUGUGAUCGUUUUUCCUUUCUCAUCCUUUUUACUGGUUAUGGAUGAAUGAAAGUUGAUUACAGUAGUAUAAGUACUUUUUUCCCCUGUUGUCAUUUCCUUUGCAUGAUGGUAUUUGUGAUUGUAUUAUAGAUUCAAAUUUAUUGUUGUUUAAGGAGUACUUUGAUGGAGAAUAGCACCGUGGGCCUUGGUGCCGAGUUGGGCUUAGUCGUUAAGGUAUUAUUAUUAGUUAAUUGUCAUGUUAUUGUGAUUAUUUAGGGAUAUUCGUAUUAGUUUAUUGUGUCUUGUUGAGUAAGUUAUUAGUUACCUUGUUAGAGUGGGAUAGGGUUAGCUAUUAGGUUUUCUUACGUUUUCCUAUAAAUAUGUACGUUAUUCUUUGGGUUUCAUUAAGUAAUGAAUAAGAGUAAAGUAAAUUAGAGUAAUUUAGCUAUCUUUAUCGCGUUUCAUUAGUUUCGUAGAAGAGUUCGAGUUCCACGAUACUUGAGAUUCCGCUAUCACGCAUCAUACAUGCAUUGCCUAACGAAAGCUUCUGAUUGUAUUAUAGAUUCCAAUUUAUUGUUGUAUAAGGAGUACAUGCAUUGCCCAACGAAAGCUUCUGCAUUUACAAAUUACAAUGGCAAAGUAUGGGAUAUUAGAUGUAGUUGUAGUAUCUAUCGAUGAUGGUGAUGAUAUGGUAGGUUCUUCCAUAUUUUCCUUCUGUAAUUGAUCUGUUCUUAACUUUCUGGAUGUGUCUCUCCAUUGUUUCCAUUUGCAUUUUUUUCUUGCCUGUAUAGCAGGUGUGGAGUAAUACUCGGGCGAGACAACAGUGGGAGAUGGAGUUAAAACUUUAAACUAGCCCAUGUCAGGUGAACAGAUUUUCAUCUUAACUUCUUUUUUUUAUAAAGCUCUGCAACCCUUUUUUUAGAUAUUCAAUGGUUCGUUGUCGGUGCUGGAGUGAAGAAGUCGCAAUCUCCCAUCGAGGGACCCGACUCCGCUCUCUUUUUACACCCAGUGGUUAUUCAUUAGCAUUCUUUCAUUCUUCUUAUCAAAAGCUGGGAACUCCCCGAAAAGAAUCCAUAUGUGUGGACUAUUUCAUUGCAGUUGUGUUGUGCUAUGUUUGAAACAUUACUGCCUAUUCCAUUUUUCUUUGUCAUUAUUUAUGGGAUCGGGGAACUUAGCAGCCGCUGGUAGAGUUGGGUUGUGAUUAAGAUGUCUUCCUUUUUCCUGGGCGGUGUAUGUUUUUUGGUUGGUAUGAUCUCUCACCCUCUUGUUUUGUUUUUAUAACUCUUUCACCCUCCUGUGUGCAGGGGAAAAAAAAUUACGGAUGGCUAGAGCAGCUGCUGCGAUUGAGAAAGUGACAGAGAAGAGUGGGGUAAUUUCACAAGCUGGUAUGCUUUUUCCUAUACUCUAAUUUAAAUCGUAUGUGGUUUGUUCUACGUCGCCCAGUUGGAGAUGGAGAUAAAAGUGUGCUUUGUUGAGACCAGAUUUGUGCUCAUAUUUAACAUGUUUGUCAGUAAUUAUUGAACGUGUACAAACAUUUGAUUCGUUGGAAUUCUACAUUUUAAUGAAAAUACACGAUAUAAGAUGGUUGAUUAAUUUGUCCUCAGUUCAAAUCACAUUCUUAUUGUUGGACUUGAGCUGUUCAGCAUCAUGCAUGUCCUUAAAUUCAUGCAGACAUUAAAGAAUUACGCGUUUUUCAACCUCGUUUACAGUUCAUUCACAUUUCACUGUCAAUGAAGUUUGGCAGAGCAUAGGACAGGGCCAGUCGGCCAGAGAAAAACGAAACCCAUUUGCUUGGCAUUCUUCAAUUAACAUUAUAAAGGGAAAAAGUCAGAACUUAUACAACACGCAUUAAAUUUUGCCAGUCGUGCAAUGUUGGGAAUCCAAGUUGGAACAAGUAAACAAAGUAGUCGAGGUUUGGGUUGGAUCAAUGGAUAAUUUGUUCACUCCAGAUUGAGAAAGUAUUAUUAUUGUGGCUGUCUUUCCUCGGGAAAUUAUGGCAUAAUAAUCAAAAGGGCAGUGUCGUCACUUCAGCUCCCAGCAACUUACAUUCAGGCAGUCAGCAGCAUCUCUCUCUUGGUCUUGGGGUCUUUGGCUAGAGUGUUUAUGAGAAAGAAAAAACAAUUCUGUCAGAAGGACAUCAAUGCUCUGCAUAGCUCUUGCCAGAAGAAAUUAAAAAAAAGAAGCUCUAGAUAGCUUUGUUGAGUAUAGAAAUGGCUCCUUCUCUCUUCACUGCAAUCUUCCUCCUCUCAUUUGCUUUCUUCCCAUUCCAUACUUAUUCUUCUUCUUUUGUACCUUCUCAUUUGGAGGCUGAUAUUGGUACAAGUAAUCAGUCUGCAUUCGCUCCUUCUGAUCAGAAAGUGAAUCUCUCGGUCUACUACGAAUCACUCUGUCCAGCUUGUGCUCAGUUCAUAGUUCAGAACCUGCUCACCAUCUUCAACAAUGGCCUCAUUGACAUAGUCAAUCUCAGGCUAAUACCUUGGGGAAAUGCUCGUUUCAUUGGAAUGAACAACACCAUCAUUUGCCAGAACGGUCACGAAGAAUGCCAGCUGAAUACUGUACAAGCUUGUUCCAUCGACAUUUUGCAUGAUGUGGACAAAAGCUAUGCUCUGAUUUCAUGCAUGGAGCUGUUCGUGAUCGAGGGGAAGCAUAACAGUUGGCACGAAUGUUUCGAGUCGCUGGGAUUGUCUGACCAACGUAUUGUUGACUGCUACAACAGUUCCAAUGGAACCAAGCUUGAUGUUUUGCUUAGCCAGGAAACUUCAAGUCUUGUCCCGCCGCCCACUUUUGUACCGUGGAUCGUUAUCAAUAAGUUGUCCAUUGGAAAGGAUUACGGGAAUUUCACUGUCUAUGUGUGUAAUGAAUAUAAAGGGCAGCCUGCACCAGCGGCCUGCAAUUCGCUUCCACCACAAGGAAGCAAAGUUGCAGUAUCGAAUUUGGACGAUCUUCAAGCCUGCCAUAAGAAGGAAGCCAUGAACAUGACAUCCCUGGAACGGUUAAGAGAGUGACGAAGUUGAGGAACCUCAAAGGAACCUCCAGAAGGGUUCAAAUAGAACAUGAGGAUAUAGUAUAGCCUGUGAAACUGAAACUGAAAUUGUUUCUAUAUCUAUAUAAAUAAUUAAUUGGGAUGAAGGAUAAGUUAUGGCGUUUUUGUGACCUUAAAGGCUGAAUCUUCCUUACUAAUGGAAUUUUGGGAGCCUCUUCUCCUUUUUCUCAUUUAUGUUCUUGCAGAUUUAAUAAGAGAUUCGGAAAAAAAAUGAUUCAGAACGACCAGAAGUGAUUAGUGUUUUAGCAUUAGACUAACAUACUUUUGACGUUAGAUUCUCGUCCAAUCUUGCUACUUUCUACUAGAAAAGCAGAAAAGUAGACUUACAGCAAAGAGAGAGUAACACAUUUCCCUUUUCUCAUCGUUUUUCUCCUUCCGUGAUGACUAUUGGGCUGAGACUUCUACAUCGGAGGCCAAUCGCAACCUUAAGUUACCGGACGGGUCCUCUUCAUAUUCCCUGCUCCAUCAUAGCAAGAAAGCUUAAGCCAGCAUCAAUUAAGGUUUCUAUAGUGAUAAUCGGCUUUAAUAUAUCGGAUUUUUGAAC